GUGUCGGUCUGGCUGGGUCAUUCCGAUACUGAGAGGAGUUCUUCAAACUUAUCUGGAGUCUAUUCUGCUGGAGACUGAUGACUCACGGAAUACCCCAGCAUAGCAUUCAUCCAAUCAGUGUGAAGGUGCCUGAGCGAACCGGAACAAGGUUUGAGAUGAGACCAGGGCACUGCUCGCAGACUGAGACAUCCCGCUGGAAAAUAAUUUCUCACAUUUCUCCUCCCAGGCUGUUAGCUGAAGGCACAAUGAUCGGACUGUUAGUGCUGGGGCUUUUGUGUGGAGAGCUCUCUGCAGAAACUCACUCUCUCCGGUAUUUCCUGACUGCUAUGACUCCAGUUUCCGGUUUCCCGCAGUUUGUCAUUGUUGGUUAUGUGGACGGGGUCCAGUUUAUUAAGUACGACAGCGAUUGGAAGGUGUUGAUUCCUCGGGAACAGUGGAUGGUGGAGAGCGAGGGACGUAAGGCCUGGGCGCGGAAACUAUACCUUGCCCAGCUGCAGGAGCUGGAUUUCAGAGCCUUUGUUCCAAGGAUCAUGGAACGGAUCAACCAGACGAGUGGGAUCUACACGUACCAGAUGAUGACCGGCUGUGACCUGAGGGGAGAUGUGGCAAUGGUUGGGUUCAAUCAGUACGCUUGGAAUGGACGAGAUGUCCUCAGCUUUGACAGGGAGCACAUGGUGUGGGUGAGCCCGGUUCCCUGGGGAGAAAGCAUCAAAAACAGGUGGGACCAGGAUGUGUUGGGCAACCGGCAAUGGAAGCAAUACCUGGAGGAGGAGUGUGGCACGUGGCUGAGGAAAUACCUGGAGUAUGGACAGAAAGAACUGGAAGUUGUUGCCCCCAUUGUGUCCUUUACCCGUCUGGGUGAUUCUAACCAGCUGUCCUGUCUCAUCACUGGGUUUUACCCUCAAGCCAUCGAGGUGACUCUGUGGAGGGAUGGAGUGUUGAUCGAUGAGACCCUGUCCACUGGGAUCUUACCCAAUUAUGACAGGACCUACCAGAUCCGGAAAUGGAUAGAGUUUGAUCCGGAGGAUCAGGCCGAGUAUUCCUGUCGGGUGGAGCACAGUGGGCUGGAGGAGAAGCUGGUGGUGAUUUAUGACACAAAGUCUCACUCCCAGGUUUUUGUUACUUGGAUUGUACUUGGAGUCCUCGGGAUCAUCGCUCUCGCUGUUGGGGCUGUCAAAAUUUACGGGAAGAAAGGAGGAGUGAAGAACAACUACAGUCCCACAAACUCUUCUGAUGAAAGGACACCCUCAGCCAGUUCGGUCAAUACCUGAGUGGCCUCUCAUGUUCUCGCUGGAAAGCCAGAUUCCCAUUGCUGAGAUUGAUCUUCUAAUUCAUUCCACCGCAAUUUCAGGAGUGAUUUGAUUGUUGAUCCAGAUUAGUGAAAUUUUACAUAUUGUUAAUUGUGUCAAUAAUCUACAAUGUCUGACGUGAUAAGGGGGGAGUGGCAUUCAGGGGAGGUGGUGGCACAGUGGUAAGGUCACUACCCUAAUAAUCCAGAAUGCCAGGUUAAUGUUGUGGGGCCACAGGUUCAAAUCCCUCUGUGGCAGAGGGUGAAAUGGGAAUUCAGUCAAAUUUGGAAUUAAGAGUAGGUCUAAUGUGACCAUAUAAAUAUUAUUGAUUUUUGUAAAAAGUCAUCUGGUUCACUAAUGCCCUUCAGGGAAAGAAAUCUGUCAUCCUUAGCUGGUCUGGUCUACAUGUUACUGCAGAGUUGGUUAACUCUUAGCUGCCCUCUGGACAAUAAAUGCUGGCAUUGCCGGUAAUGGCCACAUCUCAGGAAACGACUUUUAAAUUUUGACAAUAUGACCAAUUUUUCCUGAGCAGAAACUUCAUCUCCACAGGAUAACACCCAAUGGUCAUGCUACAUGCACUAUUCUGUCAGUCAAUUCAGCAUAUACACAUGAUCUCAUCGUCAGUGGGAUAGUCCCAGACCUCUGUUCAAAUAUCCCUGCAUCUUAAAAACUGAGUGAAGCCUUUUUUAUGCCUGGAGACUGAUUGAAGCCCAUCAUUGUCUUAUUGUGGUUGUUGUCCAAUGAAAACAAACAUUAGGAAUCCAUCUCCUGCCCACAUCAUGCUGUAGUCUCAGAUCCUCUGACUUGAGCUGUUUCCCCUGUUCACACUCCUAUCAAUUGAUAAACAUUCUGGUGCAAAGCUUCAUUAAAGCAGGGAAGUCAUGGUCUGCCGCCCUCAUGCAUUGGGUUCAUUGCUCCACUGUUUUCUGCCCCCCUCUUGGAUUCAGAAAUUGUUCUGAGAUGUUCUUGGAAUCAUAGAGUCAUACAGCACUGAAACAGACCCUUUGGUGCAACCAGUCCAUAAUCCCAAACUAAACUAGUCCCACCUGACUGCACUUAUAUGCACCUGGUCCAUAUCCCUCCAAACAUUUCUUAUUCACGUACUUAUCCAAAUGUCUUUUAAACGUUGUAACUGUACCCACAUCCACCACUUCUUCUCAAUGUUCAUUCCACACACGAGCCAAUCUCUUUGUAAGAAAGUUGCUCCUCUUGUCUUUUUAAGUUCUUUCUCCUCUCACUUUAAAAAAUAUGGCCCCUACUCUUCAGAUCCCCCGCACUAGGUGGAUCUUGCAGCUACUGUUGAGAUUGCAGGCUUUCUUCUAGAUUUACGUCUAUAAUUCUGAGAGUUCUCACAUUUCAGUAGUAUAAGAUUUUUAUUUUGAUUUGUUUUUAAUGCUUUUAUAGUAAAGGAAAGCAGAAAAGAGCACUGAUGUUUUUUCAAAUGAUGAUGUGUUUAUGGAAUUUAAAGGCCCACACAUUUCUUACAUCUAGAUUUUUUAAAAUUAUAACUUUUUUGUAUUUAUCUUUUUGUUCUCAUACUGAAGGCCAUCUGCUUUCACAGUCAGCCCCAAAUCUUGUGGAAGUUUGCAUUUUCUGACCAUUUAGGUUUAUCUAUUCAGGAUAUUUGAUUUAUCCUUUUCAAUGUGGAAUCCUUGACAGUAAUGUUGUCUUUGCUGAAGCCGCAAAAAUAAAUGAAUUUAUUUUUCUA